UAAUAGUAUUCACACUCCACCCGCUCAUCGAGACAGUCAGGCCCAAACUGACAUAUGUGACGGUCUGAACACCACCUUGUAUUCCCCAUCUCCCCACACCGUGACGUGUCAUGUUAGUACUGGCCAGACACAUAGAGGUUAAUAGUCACUGAAAAAGAGCUUGGCGUCACACAUGUCAUAGGCAGGUCAUGCCUGGGGAGGAGUGACCAGCAGACAACCGUAGGUGAAUCACACACACACACACACACACUGGGUAAAUGAAUGGGUGAUUGGGUAGGUGGAUGGGUGUUUGUGAAGUGGUGUGUGGAUGAAUAAGUGAAUGCGUGGGUGUGUGGAUGAAUACUUGGAUGGCUGGACAGAUGUGAGUCGGUGGAUCACUGAUCGAGUGGUUGGGUGAGUGGAGGGUGUGAGUGAUAGGGUGCGUGGAUGAGGUAUGGAUGGUGUAGGUGGGUGGAUGAAUGGGUAAGUGGUUGGGUGGACAAGUAUGAAUGAGUACGUUGUUGGAGGGUCAGUGGAUAUGGAUGGAUUAGUGGGUAGUUAAAGGUGUGGAUGGGUAGGUAAAUGUGUAGUGGAUGGUAGGGUGGAUGGGAUGAUAAGUGGAUGGUUUGGUGAGUGUGGGUGGGAUGAUGGAAGGGUGAGUGUGGGUGGGCGAGUAAGUGGGUAUUUGCACUCACGCUGAUUUGCCUUGAGGACCAUCUGACCUGAGUACCAUCCGCCCUAGUACCAAGUGACUGUGACACCCUCCUCUCUCUCUCUCUCUCUCUCUCUCUCUCUCUCUCUCUCUCUCUCUCUCUCUCUCUCAGAACUAAAUACAAACAACUUCUUACACACACACACACACACACACACACACUGAAGCAAGCACGUUCCACACUUCCUCAUUCUAAUAAACCAACAAUACUUAAAGAGGAGAGAAAGAAUGAUAAGAUUCAACCUGCCCUCCUUCACCUGUCUCACCUCUCAGCUGCGUCAUCCCCGCCAGGUGAUCUUACACCACGCCUACUGACCCAAACAGGUUGACCUAAUAUUUUUGUUCAUCCCGCUGUAAAUGUCUGACCAAGCGACCCACAUAUAUAAGCGGAAUACGAAAGGCACACGCUGUUUAGUUCCUUCACUUCCUCCUUCGAGGCUGCCGUGUUCCCUGUCGCCUCGAGAUGAAGAUCUUGGCAGCGCUGGUGUUGUCCCUGCUGGCGGCGGUGGGAGUGAGUUUGCCGCGGCCGCAGGAAGGAGCAGUUGGCGAUUACGAUGAAGGUCCAUGGCCUGUCAUUCCCUAUGAGUAUGCAUUCGAGAUCUCAGACAAGGCCAGCCUGACAUAUUACAGUCGAACAGAGACGAAGCUCCAAAAUGGUGACGUCUUCGGGUCCUGGGCUGUGCUACUUUCCAACGACGAUAUCCAGACGGUGGUGUACAAUGUUACGAAUGGGCAAGGCUUCCAACACACCAUCACUUACUCUCCUGCAGAUGAGUUUGGUCAAUAUAGAUAAGGAUGCGUUUCUCUCUCUCUCUCAUCACUAUUCAUUUUUCUUGUAUAUGUUUUAUUAUUUAUUUACUAUUCAUCACGUCUAGUUAUUUAUUUUCCUUACUCAUUACUGUUGUUUCUUCACCGUUCUCUCCUCUGGUAUCUGUGAUUCCAAUGGUAUUUCAUGUAUUAUAGGAUCUAUGACAUUUCUCAUUUCUUCUACUACACCAUUCUCAUUUAUAUAUUGUAUUGUCUCUUAAGUAAUGUUUUACAUUAUUCCUGCAUUUCCAUCUCUAUCCACCUCUGAGCUCGUUCCCUCCAUAGUUUAUUUCAUUACUGAGCUGCAUUUAUCCUCUUUCCCUAAUGCCCCUUUUUUUCUCCCUCUAAACUUCUUUUCCUUAAAGGAUGGAAGCUAAAUCAAAGGGAGGUUCAAUUAUCUAGCCAUUAAGAGCACACACACACACACACACGUUUUACUUAAUUUUCCUUUUCAUUAUUUUCCUGUAAUAUGCCCUCCAUCCUUCAGUAAACUCCCACCUCCUCUUUCUCUCUUUUUCUCUGUCUCUUUCUCAAACAGUAUGUAAAGAAAUAAUAUUCACACUUGCUACUUAACCUCAAUAUAUGUUGCCUUGGUCAGUGUUUUAUUCCCACUCAUGUCAAAUGAUACUUUCUGCACCUGGAGCCAUUCAGUUUGAGACAUGAACUCAGUUGACAGAAUCACUUUUAUUUCCAAAAGCAAGACAUCCGCAGAUCAUCCUUUCACUUUCUUCUCCUCCAAACCUCCUUUCAUUUCUAGUAUUUACAGUCCAGUUUAAUGGAAUGUGUGAUUCAUCUUGAGUCUGGCUUUUAGAUUUUUUUGCUUCUUGUGAACUGUGGCUGUUGCUGUUGUUAUUUUGUUAAUGAUGGCAUCAUCAGUCCUGGCUGACUGUCUUUAUAACUACUUAUGUUUCCUGUUUUUCAUAUGAAAAUGUUAAAUGUUUACAGAUUUAUAUAGUUUAAAUAAAACUGUGCCAGUUC